UUCUCUCUCUCCCUCUCUUUCUUCCUCGGAAAAGCUUUGGAAUAUUUCCUGUUGAUUUGACCUUAGCGAGGAUUAUCGAAUCUGACAGCUGUCAAAUUUGACGUUUCAUCUUACCGUAGAAUUUGUCGAGUAAUUAAUUGUCAAAUGAUGAUUUUCGUUCGGAGGCGACCGAAUAUAAAUGUCGCCGCUUGUAUUGACACUUUCGGAAGAGAUGGUGCUUCUUCCUUCUCAUCAUAUGCGCAGUUGCGACUGUUCAUUCAUGUUUGGAGAACUGUACGAUGUGUGGACUUCGUACUCUCGCACUACGUUUUCCCGAAUCUAACCUAGAAAAAGAGCCGCCACUUACGCUCGCGAAAGGAAUACUCUUGUAAAUAUAUGUGUAAAGUAAUUUACGUUUAAGGAGAAAACAUAAUGAUGAACUGCUUCACUAUUUUGCAACUUAAACAAAGAUCUGCAAUUUUAAACAGAGGUCUAAUAGAGCAAUGUCUGAGGCAAUAUCUAAUGUGUCAAAGCAGACUCUACGUCGUAGAAAGUAAAAACCGUUACAGACAUUGUAUCAAUACAAAAGACCGAGCAAUUCAAAGGAAAACAUGGCGAACACGUAUUUUGCAGGAUAUUAAACAUACGAGAAGAAAAGUAGAAGAAAUCAUUGAAAAAGAAAAUAUCUGGACGAUACCCAAUUUGCUUUGUAUGGGUCGUAUAGUGACAUCGCCAUUUUUAAGUUAUUUGAUCUUAUCGCAAGAUUACCAGAUAGCGCUAUGGCUGCUUGCAUUUGCAGGAGUCAGUGAUUUAGCAGAUGGAUGGAUUGCACGUACUUGGACAUCGCAGGCUUCUAAACUUGGAAGCUUUUUGGAUCCAGUGGCAGACAAGUUACUCGUGGGCACGUUAUUUCUCUCUUUAGCAUGGGUCGGUCUGAUACCUGUUCCACUUACUUGUCUUGUUGUCUCACGUGAUGUUGCUUUGGUGACUGCUGCAUCUUACAUUAGAUAUCGCUCCCUGCCUCCACCGAAAACCUUGGCAAGGUAUUUUGAUCCCACACACGCUACUGUACAAUUAGCACCAACCUUAACGAGCAAGCUGAAUACCGGAGUGCAAUUGAUUCUGGUUGCUGGAACACUGGCUGCUCCUAUUUAUCACUUCGUAGACCAUCCAGUUUUACAAUAUCUCUGUUACAUAACAGCAUUCACGACUAUUGCAGGAGGUGUUAGUUAUCUGUUGUCAAAAGAUACGUAUAAAUUAUUAACGAGAAAGAAGAGAACUCAGACUCCUUAAAACUAGACUGUACAGCAUCAAUAUAUUAUAUAUACAAUGUAAA